AAUUGUCAUCUUAAGUUGGAUAGCAAACAUGAGGCUGCUAAUGCUUAUGCUGAUGCUGCUCAUUGCUACAAGAAGUCAAACACUAAAGAGGCAAUAUCGUGUUUAGAGCAGGCAGUGAACAUGUUUCUGGACAUUGGGAGGCUAAGUAUGUCUGCAAGAUAUUACAAGGAAAUUGCUGAAUUAUAUGAGCAAGAGCAAAACUUGGAGCAGGCCAUUAGUUACUACGAGAAGGCAGCUGAUCUUUUCCAGAGUGAAGAUGUGACAACAACUGCAAAUCAGUGCAAGCAGAAAGUUGCACAAUUCUCUGCUCAAAUAGAAAAAUAUCCGAGAGCAAUUGAGAUCUUUGAGGAGAUUGCACGUCACUCAGUCAAUAACAACUUGUUGAAGUAUGGAGUUAGAGGGCAUCUUCUUAAUGCUGGCAUUUGCCAACUUUGUAAAGGUGAUGUUGUUGCAAUCAACAAUGCAUUGGAGCGAUAUCAGGAGCUGGAUCCAACAUUUUCAGGGACACGCGAAUGCAAAUUGCUAGUGGAUUUGGCAGCUGCAAUUGAUGAGGAAGAUGUUGCAAAGUUCACUGAUGCUGUCAAAGAGUAUGAUAGCAUGACACAACUGGAUGCUUGGAGGACAACACUUCUUCUAAGAGUGAAGGAAACAUUGAAGGCUAAGGAGCUCGAGGAAGAUGAUCUUACUUAAUUUGUUCCCCUUUGACCUAUUGUAAACUACUAGUACAUCCUUUAUGUGAUUUUAUUUGUACUGGGUGAUUGAUUAUUAUCGUGCUUGCGUGAAUGCAUUUUUUUUGAACUAAUUGAGUUUGAAGGUUUUAAUCUAAUGGUCAAAGUUGAAGUCUUGAGGCUGAGAGAUUAAGGUC